GGAAGAAGCAUGGAACUUUUUAAAUUUGUUUUAAUAUAUUCUGAUUUUGUCCUUGAUCUAUUUUUCCUUUUCACUCGAAGUCGUGAUGUACCUGUUCUAUUUCUUCCAAGUUUUUUAAUAAUUUUGGCUUCAAUUGCUGUCAAUUUUUUCAUUACCAUGUUUUUAUUCUUUAAAGAAUUUUAUGGAAAUGAUAAAUUUCAUUAUUGGGCCAAACAAAAUGUUAUUGCAACCUCAGUAUUUAUCGUUUUAAGUUACCUCGAUUUAGAAUCUUUAGAUUUUGCUUCUUCAGAUAUUUCAAAUUCAUCAUGUGUUCAAGCACCUUUUAAUGAAGGUGUAUAUGAAGCUUUAUACUUAUAUUCCAAAAAAUCCGGUUCAAAAUGGUGGCAAGUUGGAAAAGCUUCAGCUUCAAAAAGAGUAUCAUCUCGUAAACAUCCUCAUUUUUUAAGUGGUUUUGUUCCUGUUCAACCUGGUCCUGCAAUUAGAAUAUCUUCACCUCAACAAAGUCCUGGUAUUAUAUCUAGUACAGAAGAAAUUCAUGAUGAAGAAUCUGGUGAAUUUCAUGGUGCUGGUGUUGGUG